GCGACAUGGCUGGAGGCCGGGACCGCGGGGACUUGGGUGCCAGGCAGCUAGUGUUCCUACUUCCAGAAUAUUUAAAAGAUGCCUCAAAGAAGAAGAAGAGCAGCCUCCUGUUUGUAAAGCUGGCCAGCCCGCACUCAGGGGAAGGAGCCAUUUACUUAAUUGAUACGUGUCUACAGCAGCUGUUUGAAAUAAAAGUUUUCAAGGAAAAACACCAUUCUUGGUUUAUAAAUCAAUCAGUUCAAUCAGGGGGCCUUCUCCACUUUGCUACACCCAUGGAUCCUUUAUUUCUGCUCCUUCAGUAUCUCAUAAAGGCUGACAAGGAGGGAAAGUAUCAGCCCUUGGAUCAGGUCGUAGUGGAUGACACGUUUCCAGAUUGCAUCUUGCUGCUGAAAUUUCCUGAGCUUGAGAAGUCACUUUGGCAUGUGACAGAGGAAAAAGAAGUGAACAGCAAGAAGUACUAUAAGUACAGCUCAGAGAAGACAUUGAAGUGGCUGGAGAAGAAGGUCAACCAAACUGUGGCGGCAUUGAAAGCCAAUAAUGUCAAUGUUGGAGCCCGGGUACAGUCAUCUGCAUAUUUCUCUGGUGUUCAGGUUUCCAGGGACAAGGAAGAUUAUGUUCAAUAUGCCCAUGGUCUGAUCUCUGAUUACAUCCCUAAAGAAUUAAGUGAUGAUUUAUCCAAGUUCUUGAAGCUUCCAGAACCUCCAGCUUCAUUGUCUAACCCUCCAUCAAAGAAACUAAAGUUAUCAGAUGAGCCUGUAGAAGCAAAAGAAGAUUACACUAAAUUUAACACUAAAGACUUGAAGACCGGCAAGAAAAAUAGCAAAAUGACUGCAGCACAGAAGGCUUUGGCUAAAGUUGACAAGAGUGGAAUGAAAAGUAUUGAUGCUUUUUUUGGUGCAAAGAAUAAAAAAACUGGAAAAAUUUGAAGCAUCGGAAAUAAAACCCAGUGAUGCAGAAACAGAAGUUUGCCUCUUGCCUAUUCUGUCUUGUCUCUUCUUGCCACUGCUUCCACCCUAAGUUACUACCCUGAGAACUGAGGUGCUUUCACACCCUGCUGACACUUACUGGGCUAUGGCUAUGUCUGACACACACAGUCACUGUGGGAAAGUGAUUGUGUGAGCUGCUGUCCGGGGCCUUUGGAACACUUGCCAUAAUGAAAAGUCAUCAAGUGAACAGGUCACAGAGUCACAGCUUCCCCAGGGAGGUGUGAGCGGUGUCCAGCUGUUCCCUGCUCUGUCCCGAGUGGCUUCAGCUGAAAUGAGCUGGACAACAAAACCAUGUGUUUUGGUAAAUGUUAUAAUUAGCCAUAUCUUCCUAUGAAUUCAUGUUCUUUGUAAAAAUAAAAAUCAA